AUGGCGGAGAGCACAGAAUGCAAUGUUGACCUACCUAGUAAUGAGAAUUAUGAGUUGAAUAAUAUGUUUGCUAUUGAGGACUUACACCAAUCGAACGACGAGAGGAAUGCGGUUUUAUUACAACCAACAAAGCGUGGAAGAGAAUCAGACGAUGAACAAGAGGAAGAAUGGACCCAAGUUUCGAGAAAAAUUAAAAAAAAAGCAUUAGAGGACAUACAAAUAAGCGUUACGUGCAAGGAUAAAUUUCCGAAGCAGUAUGCAUUAGCGAAUAUGUUUAAAGAUAACUGCAUUAAUGGUAUUUUAAGAAUAAAGUAUACGAACCCGUACAAAAUUAUUAUUACUUUUUCUACGGAGACUUGUGCCGAAAAAUUUUUGAGUUGCGAAGCAUUUGUUGAGAUGGGAUGGAGCUCGUCGAAAGUGUGGGAAGUUGGGUUUUCGUAUGGAGUUGUAAAGGACAUUGACGCUGAUCUACCAGACGAAGACCUACUGAAAUCAAUAGAUAGCCCGGUUAAAAUAGCCAAUAUCAAGCGUUUAAACCGGAGGUCUGGUGAUGAAUGGAUCCCCAGCGAAUGCGUUAGAAUUGGGUUUGAGGGUCCUACGCUUCCACCUUAUAUUUAUAUAUACGAGCUGAGAGUAAAAGUGGAUACGUAUAUAUUUCCUGUGACUCAGUGUACGCGUUGUUGGAGGUUCGGACAUACAAAAAAGUUUUGUCCUGCAAAUAGAAUAAUAUGCCCAAAGUGUGCAGAUCAACAUGAAAAUUGUGAUAGUACAAGCUUCAAGUGUUCUAAUUGCAGGGGAAGUCAUAUGGCGUUAUCUAGAAUAUGUCCUACCUACGCGAGAGAAAAGCGGGUGAGAGAAUUAAUGUCUGAAUUUAACGUCACUUAUAGAAAGGCUUUAACUAUGUAUGUCCCUCCUACGCCUAUACAUAGAGUAGAUUAUAAAAAAGUUGACGACACGCAUAAAGACAAACCGGAUAAUUCGGAUAAAAUUAAUCUGAAAAAUUACGAGUAUGUGGCGUCGUCCGCUAAUAAUUCAAAUAAAAGUUAUGCGGAAUCUCUUAAAACACCGAAGCAUAAUAUUAAUAGGAAAAAGGAAAAGUUAUCUUACAAGAAUAUUGAUAUUAUGGAUGUACAGGAAGUAGAAGAAGAAAAGGAGGUUUUUGACUGGAAUCAAUUUGAGUCUGACAGUAUAAACGAGUGUAGCUUUAAUAAUUCAAAAAAUCAUAAUGACGGUGAAGGAAUUUAG